UUGGCUGCAAUAGCACGCUUCGGCUCGCCACGCGGUGCAGCCCUCGUGGGCCGCAGCCCCUGUGUGUGGGUGCCGCCCAGCUCUGCAGCCAUAUCCGUGCCUUUAAACAGAGCAACUGCGCUGCUUGCUUUUGGUGGCUGGGAGUUGGAAGCUAGUUAGCGUUCUUACAGACUAAAACUGCUUCUCGUUUGCUUGGACAGAGCUGGGGUGGAUGGAGUCUGUUCCGUAUCUUGAUAGGCCUCCGUCCCCACUGGAGUUCUAUCGAGAGUGGGUGAGCCCAAAUAAACCAUGCAUCAUCCGGAAUGCCAUUGGCCACUGGCCAGCGCUGCACAAAUGGACCUUGGCGUACCUCAGGGAGGUAGUGGGCCGCAAGGUAGUGAGCGUGGCAGUAACACCAAACGGUUAUGCGGAUGCAGUGUUCCAUGACCGUUUUGUCAUGCCAGAAGAGCGCCAAAUGCCUUUCAUGGACUUUUUGGACAUUGUGGAGAAGAAAGUGACCUCUCCCAAUGUAUUCUAUGUGCAGAAGCAGUGUUCAAACCUUACUGAGGAGUUCCCUGAACUGAUCUGCGAUGUGCAGCCUGAUAUACCAUGGAUGAGUGAGGCACUCGGGAAGAAACCUGAUGCUGUGAAUUUCUGGCUCGGGGAAUCAGCUGCUGUGACAUCUUUACAUAAAGAUCAUUAUGAGAACUUGUACUGUGUGAUAUCUGGAGAGAAACAGUUUCUACUGCAUCCACCAAGUGACCGUCCCUUCAUUCCAUACGAGCUCUAUCAGGCAGCAACUUACAAAGUAUCAGAAGAUGGCUCAUUUGAAAUUGUGGAUGAGAAGACUGCAGAUAAGGUGCCCUGGAUCCCUCUGGACCCAUUGAACCCGAAUCUGGAACAAUAUCCAGAUUAUGCUCAUGCAAAACCUUUGCAGUGUACAGUGAAAGCUGGUGAGAUGUUAUACCUUCCUUCUCUCUGGUUCCACCAUGUUCAGCAAUCACACGGCUGUAUAGCAGUGAAUUAUUGGUAUGACAUGGAAUAUGACCUAAAGUACAGCUAUUAUCAACUGCUAGAUUGUCUUACAAAAGCUGUGAAAGUGUUAUAACAGAGGUGGAACACUGGAACUUGCAGUCUUUCUCUCGUGUGUGAUGCAGUCAUCAGCGUCUGUGACUGGAGUUGGAGCAUGAUACAAGUGAAAAGAGCUAAGCACUGAAUUAUCCUCAACAACAUCUGUUGGACAAAUCAUGGCUAUUUUACUUGAUUUCAGAGUCUCGGGUCAAUUGGCCAGGUUUUCUGGCUUGUAAGUAGAAGAUUUGGCAUCAGAAUUUUUAGAUCUUUGCAUAUUGUGUUGGUGAUGGCGAGCAAAAUAAAAUUUGAAGGGAAGGAAUCUGGGUUUUGAAAAUCCCUAAACAGAAACCGUGACAUUCAUUCAGAUCUACAGGUUGUUUUCCUAACAAGCCAAAUGGAAAGAAGGAUCUAUUCUGCCAUCCCCGUGCAUCAGGCUGCAUCGAUCCAAACACAUCUAUUCGGCUUAAGGCUAAAGGCCUGUCUGGUUGUGUUUCAUUAAGUUCAGUGGCUGUGGUGUUUUGAUGGUGAGAAAUUACAACUUCUGCAAUAAAAGGUCAGUUUAAAAGCUUACAUCGGUCCUAAUUCUGACAUCUUUCAAACAAUGUGAUGCAUACGAUCAUCUAGAAGUGAUGGCAGCUGUCCUUGUAAAUCCAUGUUUUUGUUACCUGUUUUGCUUUUGUUUUACCUUCAAAUUUAAAUUUCUUCAUUCUCUUACACCCUCA